AUGACCCAUAUGAUAAAUCGUCGUUUAACACGUGAAGCUAUUGAUCGACUUCGUCCUCAUUAUAUCCGGAGGAUUUCCUUAUCCUGCGGUGAUAUUCUCGGAUUGUUCGCAAAAGUCACAAUAAUGAUGAAUAAUGAAAAACGAUUUAAUUUUGACGAUAUGAUGAAAUUGGCGAAUGAAGAUAAUUACAAUUUGACUGGCUUAAGUAAAGAACAAUUUGAUCAUUUGAUGACCAUGUUAUCAACAUUGAAUUUACGCAACUCCCCGUAUCGUUCAAAUCGUACUGCUGUGGCUUGCCUCCUUGCCAAAAUGCGGCUAGGUAUCUCAAACCGAGUUUUAGCGUCGGUUUUCCAGCUACCAAGUAAACGAUCGGUGUCAUCAGCGAUUGCCAGCACUCGAAGUGAGUUAGUCACCAUCAGCUUCGUACCCAUUAUUUGGGUUUUGGGCAUAAAGAGAAAUGGUUAA